UGCUGGCAGCUGGGAGGCAGAGCCUCGCAGGGACCUCGGCCGGCUUGGACCGCGGAAGCUGGACCAGCGCAGCCAUGUUGGAGGCGUUGGGCUCCCUGGCGGCUGCCCUCUGGACCGCGCUCCGUCCAGGCACUGUCCUGCUGGGGGCCGUCGUCUUUCUCCUCUUGAGUGAUCUCCUCAAAAGGCAGCGUCCAAAGAACUACCCGCCGGGGCCCCCGCGCCUGCCCUUCGUAGGCAACUUCUUCCAACUGGACUUUGAGCAGGGGCACCUGUCGCUCCAGCGGUUUGUGAAGAAAUACGGGAACCUUUUUAGCCUGGAACUCGGUGACUUGCCUUCAGUUGUUAUAACUGGAUUGCCCUUAAUCAAAGAAGUCCUUGUCCACCAGGACCAAAACUUUGUGAACCGCCCCAUAACCCCUAUUCGAGAACGUGUUUUUAAGGAAAAUGGCUUGAUCAUGUCCAAUGGCCACAUAUGGAAAGAGCAAAGAAGGUUCUCCCUGACAGCUCUGAGGAACUUUGGUUUAGGAAGGAAAAGCUUAGAGGAACACAUACAGGAAGAAGUUGCCUUCCUCAUCCAAGCAAUAGGAGAGAAGAACGGGCAGCCUUUCAACCCUCACUUCAAAAUCAACAAUGCCGUUUCCAAUAUUAUUUGCUCCAUCGCCUUUGGGGAGCGGUUUGACUACCAGGAUGAUCAGUUCCAGGAGCUGCUGAGGCUGCUGGAUGAGGUCACCUACCUAGAGACAACGUUGUGGUGCCAGCUCUACAAUGUCUUUCCAAGGAUAAUGAAUUUCCUUCCGGGUCCACACCAAAGGCUCUUCAGUAACUGGGAGAAACUGAAGAUGUUUGUUGCCCGUAUGAUUGAAAACCACAAGAGAGACUGGAAUCCUGAUGAAGCAAGAGACUUCAUUGAUGCUUACCUCCAGGAGACAGAAAAGCAUAAGGGCAAUGCUGCUUCAAGUUUCCAUGAAGAAAACCUUAUCUACAGCACCCUGGACCUCUUCUUUGCUGGAACAGAGACAACGUCAACCACCUUGCGCUGGGGUCUGCUCUACAUGGCCCUGUACCCUGAAAUCCAAGAGAAAGUCCAAGCUGAAAUCGAUAAGGUGCUUGGCAAGUCACGACCACCAAGCACAGCCACUCGCGAGUCCAUGCCCUACACCAACGCUGUCAUCCACGAGGUGCAGCGGAUGGGGAACAUCCUCCCUCUGAACGUGCCCCGGGAGGUAACAGUGGACACCAUCCUGGCUGGAUACCACCUGCCCAAGGGCACCAUGGUCCUGACCAACCUGACUGCACUGCACAGGGACCCCGCAGAGUGGGCCACCCCCGACACGUUCAAUCCGGAGCAUUUUCUAGAGAAUGGACAGUUUAAGAAAAGGGAAGCCUUUCUGCCUUUUUCAAUAGGAAAGAGGAUGUGCCUUGGAGAACAAUUGGCCAGAACUGAGUUGUAUUUUUUUACCUCACUUCUGCAAAAAUUUACCUUCAGGCCUCCAGACAAUGAAGAGUUAAGCCUGACGUUCAGGAUGGGCUUGACCCUCUCCCCAGUCAGCCAUCGUCUCUGUGCUGUUCCUCGGGCCUGAAGUUGUUGGGGAGAGGGAGGGGAAGGAAAGCAGGAAGAAUGGGCCUGUCACCCCUCAAGGCACGAGGCCUGCUCAGAAGUGAGAGGACAGCAUCCAGUGACUCUGGGACAGGUCAUAGGAACUGGACUCAGAGGAAACUGGAUCCAAACCCCAGCUUUACCAUCUCCAGUGGGGCACUGAGGAAAUCAGUUAUGUUGUGAGUGAUUUCAUUUUCAUCCAGAGGAUUUAAAGUGGACAAUGAUUUCUUCUCUAAAAGGAAGAAUUGCUGUAAAAAUCAGAGGAAAUAAUGGGCUUUAAGUGGCUUGGAAACCAUAAAGUGCAUCGUAAAAGGUAUAGCUCUGAUCUGCCUCCUUCUGCUUCCUUCCUUAGAUAGGGAUUUGCUCUGGCUUGUUGAGAUGGCCUAGGUCAAAGUGGUGCCAAAUGGUGGGUAAGAGUUAGAAGUUGGGCCCUGGGGCAGCCACUGACCAUGUCCAGAUAGACCCUCACACUUGGUAGCACUGGGCAGGCUUACCCUGCUUCUGCCCUAGACUGGCCCCUGGGAAGUCAGCAGGGCAGGUGGAAUUCCUAAUUUAUAGACUAGUUUCUGUGAAGAAGAAUGUUUUCUGAUUUACCUAACAAAGCACUAUCUUGGUCUUGGACUCCAUUUAACUAAACGUUUUAAGCAGGUUAGGGGGGAAACAAAUGUGGAAAUAUUUUCUAUCUUUUAAGCUACUCCUUACACUUCAAUCCCCUCUCUGGUAUUUUUUAUUCCCAAGCCAUUUCAUAUUGGAUUUGACAGUGUGGUGGGUGUGAUCUUUUCUCACAAACUGAUGUUGGCUUUUGGUUGGCAAGUAUUCCCAGCCUAAACACAACAGCUGAGGCAUGGUAGAAUAUUUUAUAGCAGGAAACUGAAAUGCCAGAAUCCUGAUCAGCCCUCUUUGUGUGUGGUCAUUGAGGGGAGAAAAUGGCACUAACUGGAAGGCCAGGUCCCACUGACAGUCCCUGGGUUUGGAUGCCAACCCCCAUGCAGACAGAUACCAACAAACCUAGUGAAUGGGACUAAACCAUUCAAGGUCUUUUUUCUAACAUUGCUACACUUAAGGAAUUUAAAUAGCUCAGAACAAAAAGGGCCAUGAGGUCAUUGGGCUUUUCAUUCCUGUUGCUUGGAAUUCAGAGGAAAGCUAAUUCAAUAAAUACCAUUAGAAAGGGAAAGACACUGAAGAGCAAGAGCAGGAGAGAGGGAGGGACAGAAGGCAAGUGAGAGAGCAAGUGUCUGGCUGGAGCUAGCCUGAGCCUGUCAGAGCCAAGAGUAUGUCUGGGAGAGUUGGUUGUGUUCCUAGAGUUUAGAUGGAGAAUUUGGUCUAGAAUAGAAAGUGAGAAGCCUAGCCACCCACCAGAGCGCUCUUCCUUUGUAACAUCCUGGAAAGUUGCAUCUCCGGAAAGCAACCUAAAGGACAUUUCUAGAAUAAAGCCAUUCAAAGCAGA